UUUCGCUCCUAGAAAACAGGAAUCUCAGUUUGACGUUAGCAGAUCCCAGGAAAGGACCGGUGUUAACGAGGUCCCGGUUGUCCGUAACAGCUGUUGGUUAGCUGCCGAGAAGUGGUAGCUGAAAUCGAGCAAAAUGUUGAUUAAUACUUGUUACGUGGUUAUAUUUUUAGCUGGACUUGCAUGUGCCCAGCAAAGAAUGGCACCUGGUGUACCUCCGACUCAAUAUCAAGGUGGCCAGCCACAGCAUCAGCAACCACCGCAGCAACAUGGCCAGUACCAGGCUAGUAAUGUGCAGUAUAAACAAGCACCAGGUGUUCCCCCACAGCAGUAUCAGCAACAACAAUUCCAGCAGGUUCCCCAGCAGGUUCCCCAGCAGCAACAGUAUGGUCAACCUGCCCCUCCACCACAACAGCCUCAACAACAACAGUUUCAGGCACCACAACAAACUCAACAGGCUUUCCAACAGCCAGCUGCUCCUGGUCAAGGAAUUCAUCAGCCACAUCAACCACAUCAGCCACACCAAAAUCAGCAUGUCCUUCACAACCCAAACUUGAGCCAGGAAAGGGAUCAUAUCAAAGAUCAUCUUGAAGUACCUAUUGACACUUCUGGUAUGUCAGAGCAGGAGCUCCAGUAUCAUUAUUUCAAGAUGCACGAUGCAGACAAUAAUAAUAAACUUGAUGGGCAGGAACUCAUUAAAUCUUUGUUUCACUGGCAUGAUGCUGCUAACCAUGAGCCAGGGAAGACUGGUCAUCCUGUGCCUGAAGCAAAGCUCUUCACUGAUGAAGAAUUGGUAGCUAUGAUUGAUCCUAUUCUAGAUCAGGAUGACAAAAAUAAGGAUGGUUUUAUUGAUUAUCCAGAGUUUGUCCAAGCUCAGCGAAAUGCAGCAUCUGCAGCUGGUGCCAAUUCAGUUUAGUGUAAGUUAGCAUCAGAUUGCUAGUGUAUUUUGGUAAUGGAUUAUUGGUAAGAAUAAGUAAAUGUUCAUAGUUAUUGAAAGUUGUAUAAAUCUUGUUAUUGUAACUUAUUGUGUACAGCACUAGAAAAUAACUUAUAUUUAUUGCUGAAGAAUACUUUUGAUGAAAAUGCAAUUAAAGGAACUGCAGUAUAUAUAUACUACUGUAUUUAAAUACUACUACAUAUUAUGAUUUACUGCAUUUCUUAAGAGAUUAACUGCAGUCUUGUCUCUUAAGACAAGAUCUAUUGAUUAAUACUGUAUUCAUGUACUGUUGAAAAGUGAACCAUAGAAGUAUUUUAGAUAUUGUAGAAAUUAAAUUGAAACUUUAUAGUUUUAAGUAGAAUGGAAGCUGAAGGGUUUAUACUUAGUUUUGUAUGAUGAGUGUGUUCUAUGUACAUAGAGUAUCCCGAACAAAACUGAUAUUAGACAAAGGAAAUACUAGUGGAUCUCUCUUAAGAAUCUUCUUUUUAGGUAAUUCUGCGCAAAUUGUCUCAAAGAAGUCACACAUCUUACUUUAAUCUUUGUUGUAUUUUUUUAAAUGCUUCAACAACAGCUUGAAGUGACAAUGCCUAAAGAAAUGUAAGAACUUAAGUAUUACUGAACUUUUAUAUUGUAAAAUUAGAAUGGUACUUAACUUCCUUUUAAAAGAAUAUACAGUACACUGUAAAGUUUUUAACAGGGAAAAUUUAGAUUUAGGAACAGGAUUUUUUACAAUAAUUGAUUAAAAAUUAAUUUUUUACAUAUUCUCUUUAAUAAAACUGACAAUAAAAUCUU